AUGACUGUCAUACAUACUCUCGAGGCCAGGGCCCUCGCCAAAGAUGAGGCACACAAGAAAAGGCUCGAGGAAGAAGUCGAGCGACGCAAGGCGCAGGAGCAGGACAAAAGUAGAGGUGAAAAUGUGUGGUUCUCUCGUCGGAUCAAAGACGGCCAUUUGUACCACUGGGCGCUGUUCGUGUACGGCAUGAAAUACGAACUGAGACUUCCCUCGAGACAGAAGUUCAAGAGCUUGCCAAAAGGACAUCUUGUCGGGUCUUUGGUACCAUCCAUUGACUACGAGAGUAACAUAGCGCCGUGGUCGAUGCAAGAAGAGAUGAUGCGGCUUCGACAAGAGAGCCUUGACAGCGAGGGCAAGCCGUAUGCUCAGGACUACUACAUAUGCCAGAUCGGCUGGACCAAGUUGUCGGAACAGAGAGUUGAUGAGGAAUGCGAAGCCGCUCACAACUCGUUUGGCGUAUAUGUCCUCGGUUUCAACGACUGUCAGAGUUUCUUACGGCAAUUUGCAAAGCGCAUCAUCAAGCAGCCUGAUGACUGCGCUCUUGAUUUCUGGUGGUUCGAGAAGAACCUUCAAACACCGUAUCAUGAGUUACAGCUUGUCCCUGCAGAUGAAAAUAUUAAGGCGUUUCAGUUUUACAUGCGGACAGCCUUGUAUGGCUCCGUAGGCGCGACAGUCGGGGUCGUUGGAGCGACGUAUGAGCACCAAUAUCAAUCGCAAGAGCCAAUGGUGAAGACAAACGGCAAUAGAGACGGGGAAAAGAAAGAUGACGAUGAUGACGGAUGCUGCGAUUGUGAUGGUUGUGGUUGCUAA